AUGGACCCUCCACACAUAGUAGCAUUAAUACAAAGACGAGAGUCGGAAAGGCGAGAGUUGGAAAGGCGAGAGUUGGUAAGGCGAGAGUUGGAAAGGCGAGAGUUGGAAAGGCGAGAGUUGGGGAGGCGAGAGUUGAAAAGGCGAGAGUUGGAAAGGCAAGAGUUGGAAAGGCGAGAGUUGGAAAGGCGAGAGCUGGAAAGGCGAGAGUUGGAAAGGCGAGAGUUGGAAAGGCGAGAGUUGGAAAGGCGAGAGUUGGAAAGGCGAGAGUUGGUAAGGCGAGAGUUGGAAAGACGAGAGUUGGUAAGGCGAGAGUUGGAAAGGCGAGAGUUGGAAAGGCGAGAGUUGGUAAGGCGGGAAUUGGAAAGGCGAGAGUUGGUAAGGCGGGAAUUGGAAAGGCGGGAAUUGGAAAGGCGAGAGUUGGAAAGGCGAGAGUUGGAAAGGCGAGAGUUGGAAAGGCGAGAGUUGGAAAGGCGAGAGUUGGUAAGGCGAGAGUUGGAAAGGCGAGAGUUGGUGAGGCGAGAGUUGGAAAGACGAGAGUUGGAAAGGCGAGAGUUGGAAAGGCGAGAGUUGACAGGCUGAUGCAUGGAAUCUACCCCCUUCCCCCUGAAAUCUCUGCACAGCUGUUAAUCGCAAUCUAUUCGAUAUGCGUAUUUUCUUUUAUAUUCUUCAAGACGUACAUGAAAAAACUAUUUAUUUAAAAUCUCAUUUUUCCCACUAUGUUGAUACGCGGCUAUCAGUUAGGACAACAUGGAGUUCUUACACUUGUUCUGUAUUUUAUACUAAUUUAUAUUUGAAAAUAAGGAAUGAAAACGAUUUAUCCUAUUUAUUUUCAGUUCCCAUAGUUAGUUUCCCAUUGACUCCCGAAUCAAGAGAUGUGAAUAAAAGGCUUUUGUUGGUUUCCAUUCAGGAUGUUUUUUUUUAUAUGAGCGUCGCCUCAAGAUGUGGAUCAGGUACCGUGCUGACAGAAACCCUUUCAUGGAUUUCUCUGAGCUGUCGGUCGCAGCGAUAUAAAGCGAAAACAGGGUUCUGCUAGCAGG